AUGCUCGGCAAAUUCGACUCUUAUUUGACAUAUGCUGAAAGGUACAGGCGCUUCGCAUACCGUACGACCUUAACAAUACCUCCUUACACGGUUCCACGAUCACAACUCAACUAA